AUGAUUACAGUAGAAUGUUACAUCCAGACUAUUUUGUACGGGGAGAAAAACUCGCGCCUAGUGGUGGGUUACAAUUUAUAUCCAAUGUUUCGUCAUUAUCAUGAAAUGACGAGCCCAGAGUUUCCAUUACCUUUGGGGAGCUGCAAAAUGGGACUCGUUCCUCAGAUAACCAGUGAUAUUUUGAGGGGUAAUGUGCCACAUAUACAACGGGAUGAGGCCCCACCAGUUGUGAGGCGGCGUACUACGCCUGCUACCUGCUGCUGGUGUAAGGAUAUAACUGCAGGACAGGAAAAAGCAAGUGAUGAGACAGCAUUUUCACCAGAUGAAAAAGGUGUCGCUUGUGAAACCAUCCCAUCACCUGAGGCCCGAAAACAGUUUGAAGAAAAUGGAGGGCCAUCUAGAACAAUGCUGUCCGCAGGUCUUGCAAGCAACACUAUUGUGCGUUCCAACCUUUUCGCUACUUCAAAAGCGAAAAUAAAAAUGACAACUAUGAGUCGUAAUGAUUUCUUGUUCAAAGCAAUCGAGGAGAGUCUUAUGCCCCGAUUACCUUUGGGGAGCUGCAAAAUGGGACUCGUUCCUCAGAUAACCAGUGAUAUUUUGAGGGGUAAUGUGCCACAUAUACAACGGGAUGAGGCCCCACCAGUUGUGAGGCGGCGUACUACGCCUGCUACCUGCUGCUGGUGUAAGAUGUUCCGGAAUAGAAAAAGAAACAAAAAUGAUGAGUUGUUUGAGAGUAUUAUCUCAUAUCUAGAAAGUGACAUUAAACCCCUGAAACGGCAUAUCAGGGAAGGACAAAUCGAUAGAGCCAGAAGAGAGGUAUUGAAAGAAAACUUUUAAAACAAAGGUAAGUUU